AGGGUAGUGAUUUGAAAGCUGAGGCCUCUACUCAUCUAGUUCUUUCGUUACGCCGAAAAGAGAAAGAAGCUUGGAAUAGGAAGAAGAGAGGGUCAAUCUUCUAUUAUUGACGAGACUGCUAAAAAAGAGGCUCGCCAGAACGAGUCCUCUCUUGCGGGAUUGGAUUGAUUCCGCUAUCACUACUCACUUAGUUUCACGGAGUCUCGAUGUUUUCUCUUUCCCCAUCUCAAGGACUGGAAAGAAUCAACGGAUCACAGAGGGUCUCUUCCCAUGACCCCUGCGGAGAAAGCCUUUCUUUGAGCUAUGCGCAGGGUCAAUCCGCUUUUCAAGUCUCAGACUGGUGUUGUUGGGUUGUGACAGUCUCAAUGCCCUUAUGACAGGGCAGUAGGACCGAGAUCUCAUAGGGGCGGCAUUUUACUGCGGCUCCCUAUGAAGGCACCAGUCGAAUAGCAACCACUUCGGGAACAGGAUUUCUCCCCAAAGCGGGCUUUUAUUCGUCCGCCAGAACGAACCGACCAAAGCGGUGGGGGCACGGUUAGCCCAACUCACCCAGCGCUUGAAGCAAGGUUCAGCACUUUUUUCAGGGGAUUAAGUGAUUUCCAAAUCAAGAUAGUAGGAAGUCCAACCCAGGUAAGUUGCUCUACCUAAUGGUAGAGUUUGGUUGGAAGAACUAGUUUAUCUAUCACGUAGGGGAUUGGCUACAUCCCGCCACAACUGCCGAAAUGCCCUUGCUUGGGUCAGCUCUUCGGGGGUCAAGUCUUUUGACAAGUUUUUCUGAGGCCACCUUUCUUAGUAAAGGCUUUUCUUUGUGGUUUGUGAUGGGUCUAGCCUCUCCAAACGUUCUCAAAUCGGCCUCUUUGUUGUUGUUGCGGGCGUACGGUACUACGGCCUUUAUUAUUCCACUUUCUAAAAAUGUAGAGCAGCGAAUCGAGAGUCUCUCGCUAUGUCCCCAUUCCUUGAUUCUGGCCGAUCUUCUUUAAUCCAAAGCCAGUGCAAGCGGAUCACCUCUCAGAAAGAGAGGGACAUGAGCGCGCAAAGCCCUAGCUAAUGAACGAAAGAGCGCGCGUUACCUUGCUCUUGAGUUGAGCUGCAAGCUUAGAACUAGGAAAGGCGCAAAGGCUCUAAUCAAAUAGGCACUCUAAA